UCAGGCUAUCUUGACAGUAUUUCGUUAUUUUCCCCAGUAACGCCUGUCUUCUUCAUGCGUUAAGUAUUAUUUUGCAUGAGCUUUGUGAACAUUAUUUUCGACGGAAGUAGAGGUUAUUAGCAUCAAGCUAACAUUAGGUUAUAGUUAGCCAUCACUAGCUUACAGACACACAGCCUUUGGACUUGGCUUCACAUCGGAUAUAAUAAUUUGUUUUGCGGUGGAAUGAUGGAGGCGAGUGGUAUCGACGUGGGUUCUGCGCGCGGACUAGUCGAAGGUAGCAGCUCCCCACCGGACUCGGGUACCCCACGCGCCGACAACCUGGCGGAUUUCGGUGACAUGAUGAGCGGCUGCUGCAUACAGGAAGAGAGGGGCGAGACACCGGGCCGAGAGGACUGUCAGAUCGACCCUCUCGCAGGUGAAUUGGCUCGGGCAUCUGACAAAAGUCUGGACAGAAAAGGGUUGGGGAAAGAAGUACUGUUGUUAAUGCAAGCUCUGAAUACUUUGGCCACUCCAGAAGAGAAACUAGCUGCCUUAUGUAAGAUGUACGCUGAUUUGCUGGAGGAGAGCCGCAGCAUGCAGAAGCAGAUGAAGGUUCUGCAGAAGAAGCAGUCGCAGCUGUCCAAGGAGAAGGUGCACCUGCAGGGCGAGCACAGCAAGGCCAUCCUGGCGCGCAGCAAGCUGGAGAGCCUGUGCAGAGAGCUGCAGCGCCACAACAAGACCCUGAAGGAGGAGAACACGCGGAGCUCGCGGGAGUACGAGGAGCAGCGGAAGGAGGCCAUGCUGCACUUCCAGGUGACGCUGAAGGAGAUCGAGAACCAGCUGGAGCAGCACCGGCUGCACAACCGCAAGCUGCGCCAGGAGAACAUGGAGCUCGCCGCCAAACUCAACAAGAUCAUCGAGCAGUACGAGCUACGGGAAGAGCACAUUGACAAGGUGUUCAAGCACAAGGAGCUGCAGCAGCAGCUGGUGGACGCCAACCUGAAGCGCACGGCGGAGCUCAUGAGGCAGGUGGAGGAGCGGCAGCAGCGCGAGAGAGAGCUGCUCUUAAAAGAUGCUACAGAGACGAGGCACAAAUGUGAACUGAUGAAAGAACAGGAGAUCCAGCUGAAGCAGCAGCUUUCCCAGUACAUGGACAAGUUUGAAGAGUUUCAGACGACUCUGGCCAAGAGUAAUGAAGUGUUCUCCACGUUCAGACAGGAGAUGGAGAAGAUGACGAAGAAGAUCAAGAAGCUGGAGAAGGAGACGACGUUGUGGCGAACCAAAUGGGAGACCAACAACCAGGCGCUGCUGCAGAUGGCCGAGGAGAAGACCCUGCGGGACAAACACUACAAGGCGCAGCAGGGCAAAGUGGAGCGGCUGGAGAAGCUGUGCAGGGCGCUGCAGAGGGAACGCACCGAGCUCAACGAGAAGCUGCAGACCAUGCAGGAGGAGGAGCCAGGGCAGGAGGGGGAGGAGCCAGGGCAGGAGGAGGAGCCAGGGCAGGAGGGGGUGGGGCCCCCCGAACCCCCCCACACACAGGAGCCCCACAGCAGCCGCUCCCCCGAACCUGACGCAGACGCAGUGCUAGUGGAGGCGGCGCAGUCUGUUGUGAUGGGGGCGGAGUCUGUAGGGGUGGGGGCGGAGUCUGUUGUGAUGGGGGCGGAGUCUGUUGGGGUGGGGGUGGAGUCUGUUGUGAUGGGGGCGGAGUCUGUAGGGGCGGGGCUUGUGGCGUCGGGGACAGAGGAGCCUGGACUCCAGCCGGACGGAGAACACUCCUCCUCCUCCUCCUCCCCUUCCAUCCCCACCGGCGAGCAGCCAGGCGUCUGAGCCACGCCCCUCCAGGGCCGCUGUUUUUGUUCUCUUUUUUUUUGUGGAGGUAUAUAUAUUUUUGUGUAAUAGUUGUAAAGAUUUGAGAAGAGAUUUGCAUUUGCAUUAGUGAGUGUAAGCGCUCUGUACAUGGGGAUGCUAGGCUGGGUGGUGAGCACUUUCCUUUCCUGUUCCAUCUACCACAUACGUAUUUUCUAGGAAAUGUCAUGUGGUCAAAGUUGGCUGUGAUGCAGCAGCUUUAGAGUUUAUUUUUCUUAUUCCGAGUCGCUCUGUUUUCAGUCUCUUCUCUCUGCUGAUCUGUGGGGCCAUGUUUGUUCUCAUCUCAAAGAUGUAGCGCUCAUCUCUGGCCAGUGGGAUCAGAAUAAAUAUACCAGAUGCAUAUAAUGUUAAAAACAUUGCUUUGUUGACUUAGCCAAGCAUAGCCGAUUAACAGUCACCUCUUCUUGUCUCUGACCACUCUUAGCACUGCAGAAAAGGCUGGGCAUUAUGGUGGGGAAAGUUCCCUUGUAUACCAUGUUGCAGCAAGGGCUUUAAGAGGUCACGCAAAAUGUAAAAGUUGGGUUCUAAAGUUUGGUGGAAAUUCACAUUCAGAUUAACUUUCACUAGACUCAGAUCCCCAGUCUGCCUGUAGUGAUGGUGCAUCAUGGGCAACUUGAGUUCAAGGGCUAGUUUGGUCAAGCUGCUAUCAACAUUUUUGAUGUGUUUAAUUUUGGAAGGCCGCUGUUGCUGACUGCUGGUCCCAUUCAAAUGCUGCUGCCAUUCCUGCACCAUCUUCAUUUUGCAUUUGAGAUCAGUUUGAGUUCCAGAAUCUGUUUCAGCAACCAUGUGUUGAGGCAUGGAGUGUGAAUGGAUUCGUUCUGGCAACUAACCGGCUAAACGUUAGUAUGACUCUGGUGAGCGCCCACCUGCUCCCCCACCGUACUGGAGUUGAGGCGGGUGCCGGUGCUGAUGCUACGGACUCGUGAGGAGAAUCAUGUUUCCUGUGAUGUCGCGUCAUGCGGAUCGUGCUGUUGGGCGCCCAUGGAUCAGCGGACUCAGCAGCUGUCUGGUGGGGCGGCGACGUUUUCUUUUCCAACUGGAAGCUGAUUGACUGUAAUUCACUUUUCAGUUGAUUGACAUAUGGGGCCUUGACACAUUUGAUACUUUAUAUACUGAAGAUUCUGAAUGUUUUUGUUUUUUUUUUCUUUUUAAAGAAACAAUUUACUCAGUAAUGAACAUGAAUAAAUUAGUGUAUUUCAUGCGUUCCACUCCAUGCUGAUGUUCACUGGAACAGAAGGUAUUGUGGAGUUUGCUCACAAUGUGAAAACACAAUGUGGAAUACUGAACUGAAUGAAUGUAGAAAUUCACCCUUGUUGCCAAGCAGCCUUAAUGCCCUCUAGUGUCGGUCAUCCAAUGGAAAGGAAACAGGGUUUACCAUGCCCCUCUCAGGUCUGAGCGUGCUGUCCACUAUGUGAAGGUUUAGGGUCUCUUUAAUUAAAUCAUUGCAAGAGACAUUCAUUUACUAAUGCUUCUGAAAGUGUUCCAUUCAUUUACAUUCCAGGUUGGCGCAUUGCAGCCUACCAAAAUCAUACUAACAAAACUAAAUAAUUUGACAUUAUUCACCUUAGAAGGGUGUUUUGAAAUAAUCACUUUUAUCAUGCUGUUGUCUCAACACUUAAACAUCCAGAGCAUUCUGAUCAUUGCUGAUGUGUUUGCUAAAACAUUUGGUCUCGACAAUAACGGACAGGCUGACCAGACCAGCAGGCACGUAGUGACGACGGAGGGCUGCUGGGCUCUGUUUUGUAGGAAUACCGAGGCAGUGUCCUGGGGAGAUCUGGGAUGUGUAGGAAUACCGUAGCAGUGUCCUGGGGAGAUCUGGGAUGUGUAGGAAUACCGUGGCAGUGUCCUGGGGAGAUCUGGGAUGUGUAGGAAUACCAAGGCAGUGUCCUGGGGAGAUCUGGGAUGUGUAGGAAUACCGUGGCAGUGUCCUGGGGAGAUCUGGGAUGUGUAGGAAUACCGUGGCAGUGUCCUGGGGAGAUCUGGGAUGUGUUGGUAUCAAACUAAUGACCAAACAAGAGAAUGGAUUUGGGAUCAGUAGACUUCAACCAGCCUCCGACUUGUAUUGGGAACUUCAACCAUAUGGAGUAGACUUUAACCAGCCUGACUUUUAGAAUAUAAUUAUACUCUUCAGUAACUCUCAUUAGAGAUGUGAAUGUGCUUUUAGACUGUGGAGACUCGCUGGUGGGCCUCGCAAGAUUUUCACCUCAACACGUGCAGUUAACACCUGAGCAGUGAGUGUCUAGUUGUUCUGUGCUCAUACGAUGUCCUUUAAGUGAUGGUAUGUUCCAUGUGAAGUAGCCCUUGGGUGGUUGGAAAUGAUUGGUACUUCGACACACAUUCAUAAAAAACUGUUCCUGUCUGGCAAUGCCUCAGUUUGAUUCUCAGGUUACGCAAGAAAUCUACCUCUGCAGGUGAAUCUUGCUGUGAAAGAGGCUGGAGUCAACAAUGCUUUGAAAAGCUUUAUUUUCCCCCAAAAAUGAGCUUAUGUUCCCCCGAGAUUGUAAACAAAGAUGUUCUGUCCUGUCUUGCUUUUCAAUAAACAUUUUGUAGAAUUUUCCAAACUAUUCAA